ACACAAGUAUUCGGAUUAAACUAACUAAACCUUAAUUAAUUUAGGAAAUCCGAAGUUUUGCCUCUCUUACAACUGUGAAAUUAAGAAAAGAGGAAUGAAAUGUAGAGAGUAAAUGUUGAUGAGUGAAGAAAUGAAACCCGUACAGAUUAAAGUAAAACAUGUCAUACGAGUAGUCAUUAUACUGGUCUUUGCUCUCAUCAUUAUCUUGUAUGGUAUACCAUUAUUUCAUCGUCCAAAAUACAGACAAAUGCCUCAACAUGAAAUAGAAUCUAUAUACAAAAAGGUGAAGGAUGAAGAGGGGAAGAUGUACCGCAGUGAGGGGAGUCUGAAAUUCAAGAAAAGGAAAUUUUACCUGGAUGGAAAGCCCUUCAGGAUUUUCAGCGGAGCAUUUCAUUACUUCAGGGUUCUUCCCCAGUACUGGAAUGAGACAUUCAUGAAGAUGAAAGCUUGUGGACUGAAUACUGUAGAAACGUAUGUUGCAUGGAACUUUCAUGAAGAAGUCCAGGGUCAGUUUAAUUUUGUAGGAAAUUAUAAACUUCUGAACGUGAGGGAGUUCAUUCAGACUGCUAAGUCUUAUGGAUUGUAUGUAAUAUUACGUCCUGGUCCAUAUAUUUGCUCCGAGUGGGAAUUCGGUGGUCUUCCUAGUUGGCUGUUAAAAGACGACGACAUGAAAGUCCGGUCUAAUUAUGAAGGCUACCUUACAGCUGUGGACAAAUAUUUUGCUCAUCUUAUACCACAUAUCCAGGACCUUCAAUAUGGUAAGGGAGGUCCUAUUAUUGCGUUCCAAAUUGAGAAUGAGUUUGCAUCAUACAGUACAGAAGUAAACCAUUUAAAGACCUUAAAGAAGAUGAUGAAGAAACAUGGAGUGGUGGAGAUGUUCUUUACAUCUGAUUCCGAGAUAUCGAGUUGGAAACACGGAUUACAUUCCAUUGUUUACGAGGCUUUACCUACGGUGAAUUUUAAGGAUUUGGAUGCCGGGGGACAACAGCUGAUGGAUUUUGUCCAGGGUCUCAGUGAUGAGUUCCCCCUCUUUGUCAUGGAGUACUGGUCUGGAUGGUUUGAUGAAUGGGGACGUCCUCACAGUGGAGACUUACCUACAGAAAGACUGAAGGAAAUUUUAACAAAGUUGCUAGAGAAAGGGGCAUCAAUUAAUUUUUACAUGUUCAGAGGGGGCACAAACUUUGGUUUUAUGAAUGGAGGAAAUUAUCUACAUAAACAGUACAGCCCAGUAACAACAAGUUACGAUUACAUGGCUCCAUUAUCAGAGGCAGGAGAUGUGACUGAGAAGUACCACAUCAUCCGAGAACUUUUACUACAGCACCAGGACGAUGUCCAACAUUUUCAUGGAGCAACCCUGAAAGAAAUUCCCAGAAACACAGAAAAAGCAGCUUAUGGAACUGUACCAAUCAAGUCCUACUUGCCUUUUGAGAACAUGUUGGACGAAAUUAAAGGAAAGAUAGGUUCAAAGAAUAUUUAUUCCAUGGAGCAUCUAACUUUACAUCAUGGAGGUGGACAGAACUAUGGAUUUAUACUGUAUAGGAAAAUCCUGCCAAAGAUCCAAAAAUUAGAAAUUAAAGGAAUAAUGCAAGAUCGUAUGCAGGUAUUUUGGAAUGGUAAAGAGGUAGCUACAUAUGAUUGGAAUGAGAAUGUUUAUGUUAUACACAUGGACUUAGUAGGACCUGUAAGAAUGGACGAGAAACAUAACACACUGGACUUGCUAGUGGAAAAUCUUGGAAGAGUUAACUAUGUGAGAUUUGGUAAAGAUAGUCUGAAUCAGGAAUACAAAGGUAUAAUUGGAGAAGUGUUUGUAAACAAUUCCAAGGAAGCCUUGACUGACUGGAACAUUUAUCCACUAGACUUCCAGCCUCAGUACCUUAACAAUAUAUGGGUUAAUAGUGGAUACAGACCCCUUGUUAAGAGAGAAGCAUCACCAGCCAUCUUUUCUGCGGAGUUUGACAUACAGGGUACACCUAAAGACACAUUUCUAUCUAUGGAUGGUUGGUCUAAAGGAGUUGUUUUUAUUAACCAUUUUAAUCUGGGUCGUUACUGGAGUCAGGGACCCCAGAGGACACUCUAUGUUCCGGGGAGUAUUCUAAAGAAUGAGAAAGCCAACACUAUAAGAAUAUUUGAACAAAAGAAAGCAGGAAAAGAAGUGAUUUUUGUCGAUUCACCAGUCCUGGGAGGCUGAGUUCAAUGUUGUUCAUGUCUGAAAUGAUAUACUGUGGAAUCAUUUUAAUCCGUGGGGGUCAAUGUUCGUGGGUAAGCAAAAUUUUGUUGGUUCAUGGGAACGUAAUUUUGUGGGUAACUCAUAUAUACAGAAGAUUCAUGAAUAAAUAUGUUGACAAAAUAAUUGUUUGUGAGGAUGUAAAUUGUUCGUGGAUAAGAGUGACCAAAAAAAUCCAUGAGCAUUGGUCCCCCACGAACAUUGAUGAUUCCACAGUACAAUUCAAUGAAACAGUUACAUGGUGCAUUCCCUGUAAUAAAAUAUGUUCAUGUUAAUUAAUCAGUUCUUUUAAUUUCCGAUUGAAAAGUUUAAUCAUGAUUAAAGCUGGUGAUUAAUGUAAACUAACUUAAUUUAAACAUGUAGAAUUACAUGUAUAAACAGAAUUUUCUUUCUAAUCUUCUUUUUAUAUCUGUACACAUAUUUUGCUAUUGCUA